AUGGCUGGUAGGGUUCCUUCAAAACACGGCCGAGAUCAUGCCCAGGACGUUGAAGGCCUUCUGAAUAACUUACAGGAUUGGGAAUUAUCAUUUAAGGAUAAGGAAAAGAAGCUGAAACCACAGCCUCAAGACAAAGGGAAGUAUCUUCCUGCUCAAAGGCGUAAUGUAGGGAAUGGUUUUCAGCCUUCUAAUAGCUCAAAAAUUGGUCAGAUGCCGGCCGCUCAAAAGCCUCAUAGCGUGUCUUCUUCUGGGAAACAUGACUACUUGAAAGAUUAUGAUGAACUGAGCAAGUUAUCCAGUUCUAUUUUAGCAACGGAGAGUUCUGUUGAUGCAAACUCAGAGAAAGAGUUGGGCAAUGAUUUCUUUAAAAAGAAAAAUUAUAAUGAAGCAAUUGACUGUUAUUCAAGAAGCAUAGCAUUGUCGCCAACUGCGGUAGCUUAUGCAAACAGGGCGAUGGCUUAUAUCAAACUUAGAAGAUUUCAGGAGGCCGAAAGUGAUUGUUCUGAGGCGUUAAAUUUAGAUGAUCAAUACACUAAGGCAUAUUCUCGCCGUUCAACCGCCAGAAAAGAACUUGGGAAACUCAAAGAAUCACUCGAGGAUGUUGAUUUUGCCUUAAAAUUGGAGCCACAAAGCCAGGAACUCAAAAAGCAGUAUACAGAAGUCAAAACAUUGCUUGAAAAGGAUGUGGUAAAUAAAUUGUCCAAAGCAUCGUGCAGCUCUUUGCAAGGAUCGAGAAAAAAGGCAAAGGCCUCAAUUGAAGUGGAUGAUUCUGUAAACACUGUCCAAUCUAGGACCAGUACUUCUGAUGGCAAGAUGAUUGUUGAAAUGCAGGACAACCAACAAAAGACAACGCAUGGGGAAUCUGCUCUUGAAGUGCAUGGUGAGAGUUCUCAUUGGAAUGCAGCAAAGGGUAAAAAGAAACUUGGCAAGCAAGCGCUGAUGCCAUCAGUGCAGGAGCUUUCUACUCGGGUUGCUUCCCUUUAUAAGGCUCAGGCUGCAAAAAACAUCUCGCCACCAAACACGGCCCGCCAGUUUGAGACUUCGUGGCAGGACUUAUCUGGUGAUCAUAAUUUGCAAGCUUGCUUGUUGAAGACGAUUUUACCAACUUCAUUGCCACAUCUAUUUAAGAGCGCCUUGUCUGCUCCGAUUCUCAUGGAUAUCAUUAGAUGUAUUGCGACGUUUUUCAUAGAGGACAUGGAUUCAGCUGUCCAAUAUUUGCAAAAUGUAACGAAAACCCCAAGAUUUGACGUGAUUGUCAUGUGCCUACCAUCUACGGAUAAGUCUGUACUUGCAAAGCUGUGGAAUGAAGUUUUCAGCAAGGCGACACCAGAAUACGAUGAAAUUCUUGGUCAACUCCGCGCAAGAUACAGAGUCCCUGAGCAGAAGUAA